AUGCUUCUGCUGUUUAACUACAGUGAAAGAGACACCACUUCUCAGCCUGUCACCCACUUCCUCCAGGAGUCAGAGGGUCUGCGCCUGAAUCUUAGACCUCUUGUAGACCACAGUCCAGACCAGGUCCUCUUUCAGCUGUCUGGGACCAAAUUAGCCCCAGCAGACAGUAGUGGGGAGAGUGCCAAACAGGACACAGCUCAGCGAGACAAGGGGGAGAUGGGAGACAACUCCAAUGUCUACUUCGGACACUGUGGCAGAUGCAGAGAGGCGGUGCACAGUGGGAACGGAGUGUGUCGAGCCAUGGGACAAAUAUUUCACUCCAAAUGUUUCACCUGCUCCUCUUGCUGUAAAAUGCUGAUUGGAGCAUCAUUUUAUACAAUAUCAGGGAAAAUCUACUGUGAAGACGACUUUUUGUACUCAGGAGUCCAUCCAGAGUUAGAAAUCUGUGCAAGAUGUGGCCACGUCAUCAAUGAUAAUGUGCUGCAGGCGUGUGGGAUGUCCUACCACCCCUCGUGUUUCUGCUGCGUGAUGUGUGGACAGAGUUUAGAAGAUCUGCCCUUUGCUGUGGACAGUGAAAACAAGAGGGUCUACUGUGUCAAGGACUACCACAAAGUGAAGGCUCCCAGAUGUGCUGCCUGCAAGAUGCCAAUUCUCCCAACAGAGGGCUCGACAGACUGUAUCCGAGUAGUUUCUCUGAACAGAAGUUACCAUGUGGAGUGCUUUGGCAGAGAAGUGGAUCUCAUCUAAAGUGUAUAUGUUUA